CAUUCGCAUUUCUUGGCAUCUUGAGAGCCACCACCAAGAAUGACAAGACAGGCCGCGCCGUAUUGACCAGUAGUAUUGGUAUUGUACCGCCGCCGGGCAAGGUACGCCAACUUCUUAGAGGCUUGGAGAUAGAUGACGAUGCGGAAACACGAACUCCGUAGACUGUCUGUUGUAUCAGGAGCAUCCACAGCGACAAGGUGUGAAAGUAUAUAAGACAAGAACAUCGUCGCUUUUUCAAAUCAUCAUCUUCAUUCAUUUCCAUUCCAGUCCAUUCACUUCAACAUCCAACUCUCACUACCUACUUCAACAUGCUUUCCGCAGCUCUCCUCGUUGGCGUUGUCGCCACUCUCCUCGACACUGUGUCUGCCCACGGCUUCGUCAGGGAUAUCAACUCUGGCAGCGCCUGGGCUAAAGGCUCCGACCCCGUGUGGUUCUACUCUCCUGCCAACUCGAGGCCCCAGACCAGUGGUUGGGACUCCUUGAACCAGGACAACGGCUUCGUCGAGCCCGCAGCUAUGGGCACUGCCGACAUCAACUGCCACAAGAGCGCGAUAGCUGGACGUCUUUACGCCACCGCUGCCGCCGGCUCUACGGUCAACUUCUACUGGAACACCUGGCCCGAAAGCCACAAGGGCCCUAUCAUUAACUACAUCGCGCCUUGCAACGGCGACUGCACCACCCUUACCCCCGGCGCGCUCCGCUGGUCCAAGAUCUCCCAGUCCGGCCUGGUCACCCCCAGCACAAACACCUGGGUCACCGACAACAUGAUCCGCAGCAACUUCACCUCCUCCACCGUCAUCCCCCGCAACCUUCGCGCCGGUAACUACGUCAUCCGCCACGAGAUCAUUGCCCUGCACAGCGGCCAGAGCGACAACGGCGCCCAGAUGUACCCCCAGUGCUUGAACCUUAGGGUUACCGGAAGUGGCACUGUUGCCCCCACUGCCGGUGUUGCUGGCACAAGCCUGUACAAGAGGAAUGACCCCGGUGUUAUGUUCAACAUCUACACCGGCGCCACCAGCUACCCCUACCCCGGCCCCGCUCUGUGGACUGCGGCGAACUAGACGUUGACUGACGGAAAGGGCCAUGGCGACUUUGGAGUUGUUGCUCUCUGAUGUUGAAGGGCUUCUUGUCAAUACUUUGUUCACUGAUUUUGAAGGCCAUGCGGGGCUUUUGUCCAUAUUCUUUUCGCUGAUACCGGUGGCUUUUGAGAGGUAGAGAGUUGCAUGGCUU